CCGCUCUCAGCCACAGGAACGGACAGCGAUACGCACGAGGCAAGCAAGGACCAUCUCCACCCGGGAAGGAAAAUCUAAGAACUGCGGCACUUGUUCACUGUAAGGAUACCACACUUGACCUUUGAGCUGUGAGUGACACCAGCUUUUACUCAGCUGCUUUUGCUGGACGUUUGUUUUUUGCUUCUUUUUUUUUUUUUUUUUUAUAUAUUGGUGGAUGCUCAUUUUGCUGUAAAGAAACUGAACCUGCCUGCCUUUUUAGUUCAGCCAGCAGACAGAUUGAAUCUCGGGCAGUGGAGAGGAUCAUUAUGAUCGCAUCCUCCUUUUAAGAUCAAAUCUCCAUGGUAGCAGUGAUGGUUUUGGGAGAGAGAACCAUCCUGGUUAUCUCAGGUUCCCGCUCUCUGCCUUGAUGCUCACUUCAGACCAACCCCUCAGGACCAAGAGCGGCAAAGAGAAACCAGCAAGAAACGAUAUGACUGCGACAAGGCCUGUUGUAAAGCCUGGAUAUUCAGCUGUGGGAGAGCUCGAGUACACACUCACUUAUGGGAAGAUGGAGGCAGGAGCGGAGACUAGUCCACAACAGCAGCCGAGGAGGAAACCUGUGCUGCACUGCUUGGAGGACCAGAAAAGGAUCUACACAGACUGGGCCAACCACUACCUUUCCAAGUCAGGGCACAAGCGUCUGAUCAAGGACCUGCAAACAGACGUCACAGACGGAGUGCUGCUGGCUGAGAUCAUACAGGUCGUAGCCAAUGAGAAGAUUGACGAUAUCAAUGGCUGUCCCAAGAGCCGUUCUCAGAUGAUUGAGAAUAUCGAUGCCUGCCUCAGUUUCCUGGCAGCUAAAGGAGUCAACAUCCAGGGUCUGUCUUCAGAGGAGAUUCGGAAUGGUAAUCUGAAAGCCAUCCUCGGCCUCUUCUUCAGCUUGUCCCGCUACAAACAACAGCAGCAGCAGGCCCAGAAGCAGAUCUCCCAGCCCUCUCUCCCACCCGCCGCCCAGUCCCAAAGCACACACCCUCCCCUGAGCCAGCAGAGCAGCGCCCCGGCCAAGCUCAGCCACUCUCCGCAUGGGACUCCUGCCCUUACAGCCCAGAAAGCAGCACAGGCCGAGAUGCAGUCCAGGGAUGGGUCUCAGAGUAAACUACUCAAGUUUUCCCUUGGUCAGAAAAAGACCUCUAGACUUCCCGGCCCCUCAGCGAGGGUGUCCACUGCCGGCGGUGACAUCCCUCCAAGAGGCUCGGUCAGUGCUGCUGGGAACCGACGCAGCCAGGGCUUCAGUGACAAGACCAAAGCCAACUCGCACCUGAACAAAGAUUCCUCAGAGGGCAUGACCUCACAACCUUUGGUGAUGACUGAGCAUGCUCCGUCAUCUGCAGUGACUGUCAGCUCCUCCACCAGCAUCCCCGCUGCUACCUCCGCCCUGACUCCUCCCCCAUCUUCGUCAUCCUCCUCCUCCUGUUCCACAGCUAUUCCCCAGGCCAACAGCAACAGCAAGCCCUGGAGGAGCAAGUCAAUAAGCUCCAAGCACACCUCCUCUCCUUCUCCUUCCUCCACCAGCACCUCCUCCUCUGCCAUGCAGUCCGUCAAGCAGGAGAAGGACACCUCCUGUAAGGCUGCCCUGGCAGGUGAAGCUCCUCCUAAGGUUGUCACUCAGAAGUCAAUGCUGGAGAAACUAAAGCUCUUUAACAGUAAAGGAGGCUCCAAAUCUUCCACCUCCUCCAAUGGAGUAGGGGCCCAGACUGACAACGCUGCCCUAACCAGGCAGCUUGGAGCAGGGCAGGUGGAGAGAGCCGAGACUGGCUCCAACACCGACCCCCUGGAGGAAGAUGAUGGCAACGUCAGGCCGGGAAUGAACGGGACCAGCAAUGGGACGGCCUAUGUAGCAGCUCCCUCAUCAGGUACUACUGUCUCCACAACCGCCAGCAGCCCUAAAAUUGCCCUGAGGGGCAUUGCCCAGCGCACUUUCAGCAGAGCUUUGACUGCCAAGAAGAGCUCUGUCAAAGGUACCGAGAAGGACAAGGAUAGGGGAAAGGAGAAGGAGAAAGUGAAGGAGGUGGGGAAACGAAUAUCAGUCCCUGACAGGACAGAGCUCAGGGGAGAGGAGCCUAAGGAGGAAGUAGCACCCGUUGCUGUAGACACAGACAGCUCAAACAAAAGGACCUCUAAAAUGACCAGCUUCAUUCCCAAGGGGGGUAAAGUGGCCAAAAAGGAGAGUUCCACCCCUGCACACAGCGGAAUACCAAAGCCAGGAGGCAAAGCCCCAGGAAUCGGGGGGAAAGCUUCCUCAGUGAAGGAGGUAGGGGAGAGACCUCGGAGCAUGCGGUUAGUAGGUGGUCUCGCCAUGCACCGCGGCCCCCUGGACAGAGACAGGGACAGGGACAGCAGACACUCCAGCUCUACUUCCAGUCUUGCCUCCACAGAGGGAAAGACCAGCACUGCCCCUGUGGCGGGAGGAGGCACUACACAGAGCACAGCCAGCAACACGGUCAGCGUGCAGCUACCUCAGACUCAACAGCACCACAGCCACCCCAACACAGCCACCGUCGCACCUUUUAUGUACAGAUCCCAAACAGACUGCGAGGGAAUAGCGAACACUGAGACCGGCUCAGGAGGAAUAGGGGGAGACGUGUCCUUCACCAAGACCAGCCAGCUCUCUAUCGAGGACCUUUCAGGUGAAGACCCAGAGACGAGGCGGUUGCGUACUGUCAAAAACAUAGCAGACCUGCGGCAAAACCUGGAGGAGACCAUGUCCAGCUUGCGAGGAACUCAGGUCACACACAGCACCUUGGAAACUACCUUCGACGGCGGCGUCACCACAGACAUCAGCAGCAGCGGAGGUGGCUGUGGUGGCAGCAACAACAGCGGAGGGGGUCGGAGCAUCCUCAGCAUUACUUCUUCCCGCCCCUCUUUGUCAUCAUGGCGACUAGGCCAGUCCAGCCCUCGUCUGCAGGCGGGCGAUGCCCCUUCUAUGGGGAACAGUUAUGGCGGCCGUGUGGCUGGAGGCCAAGGAGGACGUUACCUGUACCCUGGGCACCUCCGACGGCAACUGGCUGGCAGGGGAGGAGCCCUCUGCAGCGUGGACCUUGGAGACCGAGUCGGGGAGGACUCUGACCUGGACGCCAUCUCUAUGGAGGUCACUGGAUACAUGAGCGAUGGAGAUGUGCUGAGCAAGAAUGCUGUGCGCGCUGAUGAUGUCACUAGCGGCUAUAUGACUGACGGAGGUUUGGGUCUGUACACACGGCGUCUGAACCGCAUGCCCGAUAGCAUGGCCGCCGUCCGAGAGAAUCUCCACAGAAACACGUCCUCUGGACAGGGAGAUGCUGACAGCUGGGAUGACAGCAGCUCUGUGAGCAGUGGCAUCAGCGACAACAUCGACACAGAUGACAUCAACACCAGCUCCUCCAUCUCCUCCUACGCCAACACACCUGCUGCACAGCGCAAGGGUGUCAACGCACAGCCUGUGACGGAUGCAGAGAAACACUCGGCCUCCACAGCGGUGCACCAAGCCUGGUCAGGUGAAGAGGUGAAAAGGCCAGACGGCGGGUCAGACAGUGGGGUCAGGAUGGAGCCAGGCUCCAAGUGGAGCCGCCGGAAUCCCUCCGACAUGUCUGAUGAGUCCGACAAGGGCAGCUCAGGAAGGAAGGCCCCCUCUGUGUCACACACAGGCUCUUGGAGGAGAGGCAUGAGCACUCAGGUUGGGGUGACAUCCCCCCGGACUAAAAGCACCAGUAGCACAGGCUCUGCAGGUUCCACUGGCCUCAAGACCCACAGUUCAGGUAAGACAGAUGAUGUCAAGGUGUCAGAAAAGGGUCGCCUCUCUCCUCGUCCUAACGGCCUUCACCGCUCACCCUCAGACGCAGGACGCAGCAGCGGCGACGAGGCAAAGAAACAAUCAAUUCCCACCAGCCGCACAUCGACGACAAACACCGUUUCAGACCCUCACUCCCAGACACAUACACUCACCUCACGCACCCCUACCAGCACCUUCGGCUUCAAGAAGCAGGGCCCUGGGAUGGUAACCAUGGUUACUGCCAGUGGUGCCACCAUCACAAGUGGCUCAGCCACCCUGGGGAAGAUGCCUAAAUCUGGGGCACGCUCACUGGCAGGAGGGAUGAAGGCCGGUGGGCAUGAAUCCGGAUCGGUGCUAGGUCACCACGAUGAUGGCUUCCUACCAAUGAGCGCCCGCUCCACACUGCAGUACCGCAGCCUGCCGAGACCCAGUCGCUCGGGAGCAGCCUCCCGCAACGGAAACCGCUCCUCCACCAGCAGCAUCGAGGCCGCUGUGCUCUCUGUCACAUCUCACGGGAAGAGCAUCACCAAGGCCAAUGGUUCAGGAGGUCUACUAGCCAAUCAGACGGAUCGGGAGAAGGGCGUCUCUGAGAUUGACAACCUCAGGAGUGGAGUUGUGAUGCAGAGCGGAGGAGCAGCGACUGUUCCUUUGACUGGAAGACAGCAGGUUUCUUCACCUACACUACGCAGGUUGUUUGGUGGGAAGCCCAGUAAACAGGCUCCGGUCACCACGGCUGAAAACAUGAAGAACUCCACUGUUAUCUCCAACCCCCACGCAACCAUGAACCAUGUAGGCACGGUGCUGGAGUCCCCUGACGGAGGGCUGGGAGGCGGGGACAGCGAGACCAACAGCCCCCUGUUUGGAGGCAGAAUGCACGGAUCAGGGAUGGGGACGCUGGGCAGCGAGCAGGCCUCCAGUCCAGGCUCAGUCUACUCCUCUACCGGCCCCUCCAACAGCCUCACAUGGGGCACCACCUUCAGUAGCUCGUCCGCCCAGAGCAGGGAGGGCACACUGGGUGGGCAUGGCGGGACGGGCAGCAUGGGAUACCCAUCUGUCAGCAGCAUGCACACCAGCAGCGAGUCCAUCGACAUGAGCCUGGGCAGCGCCGGAGGAGGUGGCGUCCAUGGGACCCACAGGGAGGACACCCUGUCUGCUCUGGGCCGCACUGGCAGCGUCAAGACCGGCAUGUCUGAGAGUCCCCUGUCCUCCCCCUCCGCUAGCCCUAUAUUCAGCCGAAACACGCUACCUCGGAAGCAGGACAGCGGGCCUCACUGUGGUAGAAACACUCUGCCUAAGAAGGGACUCAGGUAUGGGCCGUCCCCACAGCUGAGAGGUCAUGAGGAGGCCCGUGAUUGGCUGCGCUCCCACUCUACCAGCGGGCUGCAGGAGUCCGCCAGUAACUCCCCGUUCUCCCCUGGCUCCAGCCUAACCUCCCCGUCUGGCACUCGCUUCAACUUCGGACAGCUCGCAUCCAGCCCGACCUCAGCAGCUCAGAUCAACCUUGCCGGUCUGCGCAACAACAGUCUGACCAAUCAGGAUGUCCCCAUUGACCCUUGCGGCGACAACCGACUGAGAAACUCCUGCAUGUCACUUGACGAGAAGACUCGCACUAUGAGCAGAUCGGGCUCCUUCAGGGACGGCUUUGAGGAAGUUCAUGGAUCAUCCCUGUCUCUGGUCUCCAGCACGUCUUCCAUUUACUCUACAAAUGAGGAGAAGUCUCAGUCGGAGAUUCGCAAGCUGCGCCGGGAGCUGGACGCCUCCCAGGAAAAAGUUUCCGCCCUGACGACACAGCUCAGUGCCAAUGCUCACCUGGUGGCAGCGUUUGAACAGAGUUUGGGCAACAUGACCAUCAGACUGAAGAGUCUCACCUUGACGGCAGAGCAGAAGGACUCUGAGCUGAAUGAGUUGAGGAAGACCAUCGAGCUGCUAAAGAAGCAGAAUGCUGUUGCUCAGGCUGCCAUCAAUGGAGUCAUCAACACACCUGAACUCACGCCCAAAAGGGACAGGACAGGCAGCAGUAACGGUAGUCCACAGCAGCAGAAUCAGCAGCCAGACCUGCGCAUCAGAAGGCAGCACUCCUCUGACAGCGUCAGCAGCAUCACCAGCGCAACUAGCCACUCCAGCGUGGGCUCCAACAUGGAUGCCGAUUCAAAGAACAAGAAGAAGAACAAGAAGAACUGGCUGCGGAGCUCCUUCAAACAAGCGUUCAGCAAGAAGAAAUCGCCCAAGUCGGCCUCUUCUCACUCUGAUAUCGAGGAGAUGACAGACUCGUCGCUGCCGUCCUCCCCCAAACUGCCCCACAACGGCACCGCAGCCUCCAGCCACAUGCUAAGGAACACGCACUCCAACUCACUAUUGUCUGAGUGUCUGGACAGCGAGGCAGAGACUGUGAUGCAGCUGCGCAGUGAGCUCAGAGAGAAGGAGAUGAAACUGACUGAUAUCCGCCUGGAGGCUCUCAGCUCUGCUCAUCAGCUGGACCAGCUCCGGGAGGCCAUGAACCGCAUGCAGAUGGAGAUCGAGAAGCUGAAGGCAGAGAAUGACCGUCUGAAGGUGGAGAAUCAGGGCAGCAGGACGGGCUCCCAGGCCUCCAUCUCCUCCUCUCCUCCCCCUCACACACACAGCCAGGCUGUGGGAACUGUACCGGGGCUCUCCCAGCACAGCCUCAACCUCACCACCAGUGAGUCCACCAGCCUGGACAUGCUGUUGGAUGACACAGGCGGAGAGGGAGGGAUGAGGAAGGAGGGGCGACGCGUGAAGAUGGUCGUCAGCCUGGACGAGGACAGCAAGUGGGGAAAGGAGGGCCAGUCUCGUCAUUUUCUGAUUGGUUGCAUCGGUGUGAGUGGUAAAACAAAGUGGGACGUCCUGGACGGAGUUGUCCGACGCCUUUUCAAGGAGUACAUCACCCAUGUGGACCCUGUGAGCCAGCUGGGCCUGAGCUCAGACAGCGUGGAGGGAUACAACAUUGGAGAGAUCCACCGGCCCAGUAUUCCCAGCGCCGCCCACACACCUGAGCUGCUGCCCUGCGGCUACCUGGUGGGAGACAGCAACACCAUCAACAUCCAGCUCAAAGGUGUGAGCAGUGAGAACGUGGAUUCGCUGGUGUUUGACACUCUGAUUCCGAAGCCAAUGCUGCAGCGCUACGUCUCCCUGCUGAAGGAGCACAGACGCGUCAUCCUGUCGGGCCCCAGCGGUACAGGAAAGACCUACCUGGCCAAUCAGCUAUCUCGACACCUGCUGCUGCUGGAGGGCCGACCUCUGACACCGCACUCUGUUGUCACUUUCAACGUGGACCACAAGUCCAGCAAGGAGUUGCGUCAGUACCUUUCAGGUUUGGCGGAGCAGUGCAGCGGUGUCCCAGGGGCGGACAGUCCUCUGGUGGUCAUUCUGGACAACUUGCACCAUGUCAGCUCCCUGGGAGACAUCUUCAAUGGCAUCUUCAACUGCAUCUACCAGCACUGCCCCUAUAUUAUUGGCACCAUGAGCCAAGCCACGUCAUCUGCCCCCAACCUGCAGCUUCACCACAACUUCAGGUGGGUGCUGUGUGCAAACCACAUGGAGCCGGUGAAAGGCUUCCUCGGUCGCUACCUAAGGAGGAAGCUGAUCGAGAUGGAGAUUGGCAGCCGAACACGGAACGUGGAGCUGGUGAAGAUCAUUGACUGGAUUCCGCGAGUUUGGCACCACCUCAACCGCUUCCUGGAGACACACAGCUCCUCUGACGUCACCAUCGGACCUCGUCUCUUCUUGUCCUGUCCCAUAGACGUAGAGGGAUCCAGGGUUUGGUUCACCGACCUCUGGAACUACUCCAUCAUCCCCUACAUGCUGGAGGCCGUACGAGAGGGACUACAGCUGUAUGGCCGCAGGGCUGCGUGGGAGGACCCUGCUGCCUGGGUGAUUGACACUUACCCAUGGUCAGCCACCCCAACUCCAGCCGAAUGGCCUCCGCUGCUGCAGCUCCGCCCAGAGGAUGUGGGGUUCGAUGGCUACUCUGCCCCGAGAGAAGGAGUCCGGAAAGAGCCACCACAGAGCGACAGCGACGCAGACCCACUGAUGAACAUGCUGAUGCGUCUGAAGGAGGCGGCAACAUCAUCAAGUCCACAGAGCUACGACAGCGACUCCAACAGCAACAGCCACCAGGACGACAUCCUGGACUCUUCGCUGGAGUCGACCCUGUGAUGCCAUCAAAAUGCAACACUGGGAUUUCUUUUCAGGAGGAACUUUUUAUAAGAACUGUUCUCACUGUGAGAACUUUUUGUUGAGAAUAUAAUUUCAUGCCACAAAAUCCAGACACCUUAAUUUGGGUGCAGGUAACCCAAAUACUUAAAGUUCAAAUGCAUUUCAGAAAAUGGGCAACAAAAGUUUCUACUGCACUGUUUUGUUUUUCACCGCUGUGGCCCGUGGCUCCUCGGUCAGGAGCCUGAAAUCUACUUCAGACAGACAGAAUAAAAGCACACUGCCUGUCACUGUUGAUGAGGCAUCAUCAUUACCAUCAUCACCUGCCAUCAGCAUAAUUAAACACCAGCCAUGAGUUCUCCAUCCUCCACCGAGCUGCAAGCUCAUCAGGCAGAUACUGCCCAGCUGCAGUGUGCCUGAGCUGCCUGCAGAUGGUGAUGCAGGCCCUUGUCUCUAGAGCAUCAGUGAGCUUGAGCUACCAGCUGCUAAGAACACGCAGAUGAGGCUGCUGCUGGAUGGAUGGAUGGAUGGAUGAACAGCCUGCCUUUUUGUGCUCUUCCCUUUCUACAGCUGAAGUUGCAUGUGUGAUUGCUGGAGGAUAAAUCAAGUCAAAGUGAAUGUUGAGUCCUACAGCAUACCUGCUCACAUUUCCAAAAGCACCUAGAGAUCACAAACUCUAGAGAUUUCAUUCAACUCCAAAGUUGCAAAGAAUGAUGUAGGACUAAUCCAUGAAGGAGAUAUGUCCACCAAAAGUAAUUAAGAUGAUCAAAAUGUUUUUGAAUAAAAUGUCUGCAUUCAGUGAACAAAAAGGAUGAGAACUGGUAAACAAAAGAAGUUGGCAAACACUGAAGCAACAGCACUGAAGCUUCACCACCAGAAUGAUGUCAAAGGCUGUGGAAAACUCAAAACUAAGGAGACAAGUGUUUAAUCAAAAGUUCCCAUCACAAUCUUUGCUGAACUUUAGUUUCCUUUGGAGUUGACACAUCAUACGGCACUUUUCAUCAAGGUUAAAUCCUGCAUCAUAGCUUAGGAACUGUUGUUAUACCAGAAAAUAGUUCCUUUGAAAUAAUAACACACUAAGUGCAUACGUUUUAUUGGGCACACAGUUAAAAAGCUAUUCCAACCCAAAACAACAUCUGUAGCUAAUUUUAGAAAGCAAGGACAAAAUCUAAUAUAUAAAAUCUCUUAAGAGUCUUUCAGGAGGAAAGGGCACUAACUGGGAAAUUAACAUUCACCAUGGCUAGAUAUUUCCUUUUAACUUUUACCACUUAAGAUAAUGUCCUUUUCUGUGUUGUAAUUCUCCAUUGUAAUUUCACAAAUAACGCCUCUACCACUUUUAAGUUCUUGCUUUGACCACUUAAUAAUCUCCUUGCACAUUGGCCCAAAUAGGCUGUUGUAGCACAAAUCUCUUUUGGUGCUGGACUGAAUUCUAACAAUGCCUUACUCUUUUCUAACAGAUAUGUGCAUUAGCUGAUUAUUUGUCUAAAUGGCUGUAAACUUAACAGGGCUCUGAGUCGACACUCUCCUCAAGCACCUACAGUUGUCAAGGAGCGGCUUCGACCCGUCAUCAUAUCAAACGCCAGUGCUGUGGGAUUAAGAUGUGAAUGAGAAGCAGUACUUUGGGUCUCAAAAUAAUUUGUAUGCAUGUAUGACCCAGUGCUGUGAAGCUGGUGUAAAUAUUGGACCUAGCCUGACAUUGCCAGACCAAUUUACAAUUGUGAAUUAGCCUGGAACCCCUCAGUUCAUUUUCGAUUUCCAAGGCAGAGACCAAAAUUCCUCUGGACUCAACUGGAGAAUCCAGAGGUUAGCGGACUCAACGGAAUGUUCCACAUCAGUGACAGCCAUCUUGGUUGUUUACGAAAAUGCCUCAACUUCGUUCCUCUGUACAGUCAUCAAAUCAAACCCGCCACAUAUUAGAGAAACGGUUGUGGUUGGCCCCACCUGGGCCAGGUUGGCUGGAAAUCUGUUUAGCUUGCAGAUUCAUCUGGUUCCCAGACUAAUUUGGACCACUAGCAAGAAAGAAAAAUAUAUAGAUGUUUUGGUGCUCAAAAUCAGAACCUUUUGCAGGUUGAUUGGAUGAGGGAAGUUUAAGAAGACAUGUUGAUUUUAUACCUCAUCCCCAUCCUUUUACUGUGCUUUUGCCAUGCUCAUAGUCCGUUUUGAUUCUGUGAUUUGUGAUGAACAAAACUGUCAUAACAAACAUGUUGAACUAAGUGAAAACUAGUGUAUAUGCUGCUUUCUUUAUAGUGAUAUAAUUAAUCUGAAGUUAAAGGUACUUGUGGUUGAAUGAUAAUGUAAAACGGUUUAACAUUUCUGUGGCAUAGAAAAUAAAGAAUAUUGUACUUUUUCUUUGUUUUAAACAUCCCAGCCUGCCAUCUAGGAAGGGCAGGCGGGCGUUUAAAGCUGGGGUCAUGCAUCACUUUCAGUGUUUUUGUCACCGAUCCUAUGCAACAUUCAUUCUGUUCUCCAAAUGCGUUUUUCAGCACUGUUGAGAUAAACAGCAUGAACCUGAUUUGUGAAAGACGUUUCUGAUUUGUUGCCCAUGUUCUUUGUCCAUGUGUGUAUUUGAUAGAGGAUUUCCUGAUACGGUCCUUUGUAAGCACAAACUGAUUCUCCGUUUUGUGUAAAGCCUGCUCAGAGGUGUGGAUGUUGUGGAAGCAUAUGACCAGUCUGUCAGUUUAUUACUCACAACCUCAAUGAAUGUUUUGCCUUCUUUGCGAUGUACAUUUUUUAUAUGUAACAUAACUUUGUAAAUAAUUAUCUUGAAGCAUUUUGAUGACUUUUUCUAGCUGAUUUGUUACAGUACUUGAAAAGGAGUAUUUUGUGUACAGUCUCUUUACAUCAGAGCAGAUUGGUGCUGUUUGUCAUCACUGGUCUGUCCAGGGCUCGGAGAAUUAAUCUAUCACUGUACUAGUCUUAAGUUAUUGUGAUUCAAUAAAAUUAAUAAUUAUUUAUGAUUGAA